UUUAACUUUCGGAAGUACUCAAGUUAGGAGGAUGAUUAUGCAUUUAUGAUUUAACAGGAAUUUUUAGUCACGAAAACGAAUUAGAUAUGGCAUCUUACUAUGAUGAACAUGACUGUGAGCCACUGGCAAAUGGAGAAACUCCAAAUCAUUUGUUGCAUUUAGCAAGAUUACUGCUUGAUACUGGAGCAGCAAUGGAAUGGAAUGUAGAAUAUGAUAGAAUUUUUGGAGGCACUCGAAAAGUCCCACCAGCUUCAAAGAAAUUUGUAGAUGAACUUCCAACAAAACUAAUCAGCCCAACGAUAGCAGCUCAAGGUAUUCAGUGUUCUGUAUGUCUUGGAGAGUUUGAUGAAGAAGACGAAACAAAAACUUUACCUUGUGAUCAUCAGUUCCAUUCCAAGUGCAUCCUUCCAUGGCUGCAGAAGGUUAGUACUUGUCCUGUGUGCCGAUGUGAAUUACCAACCGACGACCCAGACUAUGAAAUGUAUAAACAACACAAGGCUCGAGCUAAACAACGUGAAUAUGAACUGGAAACUCUACAUUGUUCAAUGUUUGGAUAAAUAAUGUGAAUCUUAGGCUCCAGUGUAUUGUAAAUAAGAUGUUAAAUGUACAUACCUAACAAGAUGAACCUUAAUUAAUAAAUAAUAUAUUGGAACUUCAAA